CUCUCCUUUUUCCCGAUCACAACUUGAAGUCCCUUGAUCUAUUGAUUUCCUUCAUCAAGUCCGAUAUCCGAUAUGCCGCAGAAGCUCACGGUCGCGGUGGCGCAAGCCAGCACCCAGUCAACCCUAGCAGCCACCUUGGCGGCCCUGGAGCGAGUGACUCGCCAUGCUGCAGCCCGUGGGGUGCACUUGAUUCUUUUCCCAGAGGCAUAUCUAGGAGGCUAUCCCCGGACUUGCGACUUUGGCACAGCGGUUGGUGCCCGUGGCGCUCAUGGUCGCGACCAAUUCCUCGAAUACUUCCAUGCCGCGGUCGACUUGGGCGACACCCCAACCGGAGCUGGGGACGACUGGGUGAACCGGAGAUUGCCCCUUCCACGAGGCAAGGAAUAUCGCGGGGAUGGCACCCGAGAGGCACUGGAGAAAAUCUCCCGCGAAACGGGCGUGUUCAUCGUGUGUGGCGUCAUCGAGCGCGCUGGGGGUAGCCUAUAUUGUUCUGCCAUCUACAUUGACCCGCGCGAUGGCGCCUUGGGCAAGCGGCGGAAAGUAAUGCCAACGGCCUCGGAGCGUCUGAUUUGGGCUCAAGGAUCGCCUUCCACCCUCAAGGCUGUCACCACCGAACUCAAUGGGGUUCGGCUGACCAUCGGAGCAGCGAUCUGCUGGGAGAAUUACAUGCCGAUGCUUCGACAGAGCCUGUACUCCCAGAAUGUCAACCUCUAUUUGGCUCCGACAGCCGAUGCCCGCGAUACCUGGCUGCCGUUGAUGCGCACAGUGGCUGGAGAAGGCCGUACGUUCGUUCUAUCUGCCAACCAAUGUGUGCGACGCCGGGAACUGCCCGGAUGGAUCACAGCCAACUCCCAGGACAAACAUGAUGGCGAUGAAUAUGUAUGUCGGGGCGGCUCCUGCAUUGUCGGACCCUUAGGAGAGGUUUUGAGUGAGCCCAUCUGGGAAGUCAGCACAGACGAUGUGACAGACGCCAAAGAUCCCGAUGAUCCAGCCAUGGCAGCCGCGUUGUCAAUGACCGAGAUCGAUGUGGAGGAUUGUGAGCGCGGCCGGUUGGAUCUGGACGUAGCCGGCAGUUAUUCACGCAAUGAUUCCUUCAAGCUCACCGUAGAUGGGCUGGACCUGAACCCCCCGCCAUGCAGCCAGCCUCGACCAUGCACCAAUUGUGUGCAGGCACAAGCAGCCUGUGUCCCCAGUCAACGGCCCGCUAGGAAGAGUCGUGUCAAUCCAGAGUAUGCUCGUGCUCUGGAGGAACGGAUAAUCGAGCUCGAGUCUCAACAACACGGUCCCGCUCAUCAUGCUCUUGGUCUGGGCACCACUUCAGGCCUAAGUAAGGCAGACGUGCAACCGACAGAGUCACCUGAACCGCCACGAACACGAAUGAGUCGAGCCCUGACCGCAGAAGAUGCAACAUCUCCGGCAUUUUGCCUCUCAUCACAUACCCCGGGAGAUGCCGAAAGCACGCAAGCUGGAAGUACCCCUUCUGUUACUAUCAUCCCCCCCGUUGUCCAAGGCUCCCCCCAUCCAGGGUUCCUUCCCGGGACCAACUAUGAGAUGGAAAUUCCUUCACAGACCCAGGAUGAGCUGAUCCAGACAUUUCUCCAGCGCGUGAACCCACGUUAUCCCUUCCUACACGAAGGGACCUUCAUUGCCUGGCAUGAAUCGUGGAAAGCAUCUAGGAACUUAGGUGUGCCCCUGCCACCGCAAGAGCAAUGGAAGGCAUUUUUCAUCAAGAUGGCUCUUGCAGUUAGCCUUCUGAUUGCACCUCGAGUAUCACCUCGCGAUAUGAAAAUUUCUCAGGCUCUAUAUUCCUCCGCUACAUCAUCUCUGGAUGCUGUGUUCGCUUGUCUUGACCCGGUAUUGCAUGCACAGGCCUACCUACUGUGCACACUGCAUGCACUCCACUCGCCUUCUUCGCAAACGGUCCUGACCAUGAUCGCUGCAGCCGUGCGUUGUUGCGUGGUGGCACAGUUGCAUUUGUCAGAAGUAGCGCACCGGCCGCAAGAACUUCUCUGGGAAAGGCAGAUUCGACGCCGUGUGUUCUGGUCUGCCUACGCAAUUGAUCGCCUAGUCAGUUGGGUUUAUCAUGUCCCGUGCAGUCUAGCAGAUGAAGAUAUUCAAGUUGAGCCUUUUGCAAACAUGAACGACCACGAGAUCAAAGAAUGGCAAGUCCGUACUGAUCGGCUGGAGCCGGAUGCAUCCACCCCACGCAGGACUCAAGUCUCGUCAGCUCUUCAUCUGAUCCGCGGUCGAAGAAUCCAGUCUCGCAUCCUGAGCAUUAUGAUGCGAGCAGACUAUGACCAGCGACUUGCUAAAUCUCAUCAGUGGCGUCUUCAUAUGCUCGAGGUGCUCGUUGAGUGGAAAGCGCAGCUGGAGCCCCAUAGCGACCCGCUCUCUAAGGGCUAUACCAGCGAAGGAUGGGUGGGCAUGCUGUACAACUAUACAGUGCUCCUCCUUUAUCGACCGACAAAAGCGAAUAUGAGUGACUUGGUCAUGGAGCACUGUAUUGGAGCCUGUACCGACAUCGCACUAACAUUCUGGAAGUACCUCAAGAGCCGUCAAACGGCUCAACUAUGGCCGGGGCUCCUUAGCCAGUUUGGGAUAGGCAUCACACUGUUAUACUGCCUAUGGGUGGUGCCUCCAUCGCAACGAUCCAUCGAGACUCAGUCAACAAACAUUGGCCCAGCCAUUCGAACAUGCUCAGUUAUUUUGGCAGUACUGUCUGAACGGUGGACUGAAGCUGAACCUUUGCGGGACAUUUUUGAUCUCCUGGCGGACUCCAUUCCGAUUUAUCGGUCUCGUGAUGAAAAAGCAAGCCGAAUUUCGACGUUCUCGGCAAAGACAAUUCAGGAAUAUUUGCCCCGAGUGAGGGCCAUCGUCAUCAACAAAGACAUCAUGCGCAUGCUUUUUGAGAUGGCCACUGAGGAUUAUCCGUGGGCUGCAGGUGGGACAGUGAAUGUGGGUGACUGGUUGUCUAGUGAUGUGCACAGCGCCCAAGAUUGCCCUCUAUGCUGGGGAACCCGAGCAGACCGAGGAGACUUGCCUUCCGUCGACUUUGAUGCAGCGAACCUGUGGCCAGGCUUUGAUAAUGAUGACGAUACGGAUCACUCCUUGACAGCUUUGUCUGGGGAAUACUCGCUAUUCCCGGGACUGCUGGGCUCGAUCGAGUUUUGA